AUCCCGGUAAUAUUUCCGGAUAAGACAUUGACUGGUGUAAUUUUAAAGCUGAAAACUCAUUUAUUUUUUAACAUUUAUACAAUGUAGGUAAAGGGGAAAAGAUUAAUUAGUAGUGUUAUGUUGUGCUUCUUAAACAUAUGUAAUGAGAUACUUGAUUGACAAACGAAAAUAAAAGUCACAGAACAACGCAGUAAUUUGUUUUCGAAAAGUCGAAAGUGAAAGAAGAAGUUGGUUUUUCAAAAACAACAACAAACUUUCAAAAUGACGAAAAGCAGGAGCGGUUUCACAUUACAGAACAAUUAUUUGUCAACGUGAUAGAAGAGAAUUAACAAUUGCUAAAUCUUGAAUAUCAAAAAUGAUGUGGUUUGAGGAAAUUUUUUAAGUUGUGAGUUAUUUUAAUCAGUUUCAAAAAGAUAGCAAUAUCAUCCAAGCUUAACAAUGCCUGGUGUGCCAACGGAAACUGAAAAGAAGAGGAAGGCUCUAAAAAAAGAGCUUUAUAAAGUAUUGGCAGAAUCCCCUGGUGGGAUCAUAAAAGAAUAUGUGUGGCCUCGUCUUUCAGCAAGUUCGGAACUAAAAUUGACAAACUCUGAGUUCAGAGUGGGGUCAAUGGAUGAUAUUUUCUUAUUGUUUAGGGAUAUGGUCCAUUCAGAAAACCGAGAUGGCAGGAUAUAUAUUUGUCUAAAUCAACAUGUAUCACCAGCAGGCAGCAAACCUUUACAACAAAAUGCAGGGAAAUAUGUUGCACCAGGAAAUAGACAUAAUAAUUUAAGAAAACCAGUUCAGGCUCCUGUUUUAUUGCCUCUUAACCCAUUCUCAAUGCCAGCUCCAUUAACACAAGCUGUUAACAAGAAAUCAAACAAGCUUGAUGAGGGGGGAUGGCCAGUAUUAGGAACUCCAGCACCACCCAAAACAAGGAAACAACAAGAGAGGAAAUCUACCAAUGAGUCAUCGCAUAUAUCAGGUCCUGCCUAUCAUGUCUCUGCUCAAUCUAGUCAGGGACUGUCACAUCCACAUUCUGUAAAUAAAAACAAGCAUUCAAACGUUGAAUAUGAUGAUGAUGAUGAUGAUUAUGAUACAGAAUCAAUUGGAACUGCUAGUGAUUACCAAUCAUCAGAAAAUGAUUACUCAACAGACAGGAGGUCAAGUCAGCACCGUGACACCUCAACACCACUUCAAUUGCAUAGGUCAAAUCAGCAUGGUGACACAGCUUCCCCAGGUCAAUCGCUUAUAUAUAGCAGGUCAAAUCAGCACAGUGACACCUCAGUACCAAUUCAAUCACAUAGGUCAAAUCAGCAGGGUGACACAUCAACACCAGACCUAUUGCAUAGGUCAAAUCAGAAUGGUGACACCACAAAACCAUUCCAAUCACUUAGUAACCCUACUUUACCAUUAGAUGCAAAGAAGUUCAAAGAUAAAGAGAUGAAUAUAAGACCAUUUCGAAUGACGGCUAAAACAAUAGGAAAACAAUUAACUAAACAGCUUGAAACUUGUGCCCAAGAAUGUAUCGAAUUAUUAUCAGAGUCUAAUAACUAUGUAUCGCAGGAGAGAAUUCAAGCGUUACUGCUGCAGAGAUGUAAUAUACCAAGUUUACAAGUGGUGGGACAUCGUAGAAUUGAGGAACUCAGUUGUGUUAAAGAACACAAUCGAGCAAUUGCAAGAGUGAAUGCAUACGUGCAAGCUUUCCUCAAAGUAAGAUCUAUUUGUACAUUGCAUGAACUUAAGUAUUGCUUAAGAGAAUGUGACCCUGAGAAAACAGAUUUUAACAACUUAAACUUGGGACCAAUGCAGCGGCUUCCAAUCAUAUAUGAAUACUUUAAAUUCCCGACUGAUAUGGAAGAAAUACCAGCAAUUACAACAGUAGACAUACUGGAACAUUUGAGGAAUUAUUUAACACAGAAUAUGCAAUGGAGUGAAAAAGUAGACUUAACACAGUUUAUGGAAUACCUUGUUCCUCAGUAUGAAGCAGAAAACGCAUAUCAGCUUGGGAUCAGAAUAAGCAGUGUGGCAUUGGCAAUUCAGGUCCUAAAGAUGGCCCAAAGACAUGCUUCGGCAAACAGAAGAAAUGUAAUAGAGACGUUCAAAGGUCACCUUCAUGAUGACAUUGAGAAAGCAUUCCAGAAGUUCAGAAUGACCGUCAUUCAUACAUCAUCUGAUGGAUCAUGGGAAGUAAGGAACCGUUACAUGACACUUCAACCUGAAGUGGCAAUACAAGAAAUAUUUGAGAAAUUCAAAUUUAUUAUGAAGAUGGAGGAGCCUUCAGGUAGAUCACAGAUUAAAAUGCAUCAGAAGAUUGAAUCCUCCAUCCUGAACUUUCUUCAGAUUCUAAGAUCAGAUGAUAAUGCCAGUGCAUUGUUUCAUCUAGCAAUAUGUGUCAGCCAUUCUGUACUCCAGGAGGCAGCUAUGAAACGUUUGUUACCCAAAGAAGAAGAGAAAACAGAGACGGAGGGAGAAGAAAGAGUUAAGCCACCCAAAGGGGAUGUUAUAAAUCUGCUGAAGAGUUACCUGAGGCGUUGUUUACAACGUGGUGCAUUGAAUUUGUCCUUGCUUGAUCAGAUAGAAGAAAAAAUUGCUGAGGAGUGUAACUUUCCCUCCUUUGUUGAAAUUGGUUAUGGGAGAUUUCUGUACUUUACCUUACAGGAAACAAAAGAGUUGCUUGAGGAAUAUGGAGGAACUUCACUUGGUUCUGGUUCAGGGAGCAGUGAUUUUGAGAGUGGCUUUAAACCUUGUAAUGGAGAUAUUCUGAGCUUUAUCCAUCAGUGUACACAGUGUGGUAAAGUCUCUGAAGAAGACAUAGAUGCAGCCUUGUGCAACCAGUUCAAUGUAAAAGAGACCAGACAUUUAGGUUAUGGGAAGAUAACCAAUCUGAUGACAGCAUCAAAGAAACCAGGUCAACAUCAAUAUCAAGAACACUCAUUGGUGUUUGAAGUUGCUAUGGGAACUGACGUCAGAAUAAAGACAGAAACAAAGAUAGGAAUGUUAGGCCAUCAAACUAAAGAAGCUGCCCUUGUCUGUCUACAUAAUUGCCCACUAUUAGAGGAUAUGGAGAUAUGGAGCCACUGGUCUCUUGUGUUUGAACCAGAACUGGGCAAACUGAAAGAUUUUAUACAGAAAUAUGGAGGAACAACUACUAUUACCAUUGAUGGUGGUAAAAGGUCAUUUACAUACCAUAUCAUUGCCAUGGAAACAUCACCAGGAGUUUUACUGAAGUUGACCAGCCAGACAUCUACUGAGUUGUUUGAAGAGGCUUUAUUGCAGAAGAACCCCAGAAAUGUUUGUGGACAACUGAUGUCCCUAAUUGUGUCAAAUAAAGGCAUACAGAAUAUACCUGUGGCUCUGAUAACUAACCAGAUGAAAUCUCAAUUGUUUACAAUGCAUGCUGCUGAUACUGAUGACAGUCUACCUGGAGCCCCACCAUCAGACAACCAUACAGAUGAAGCUGUACAGUUUGUUCUGCGAUGUCUUGCUAUUUUGCCUGUAAAAACCUGUGUGUCAUUAGCCAAUCAGAUAUUUUUAGAGCCAUUAGGCCAGGUGGUUGGAUCAUCUAAAUCCAAGUUUUUAUUGUUAUCUGCAUGUCACACAGCAGACGACAGUAACAGACUACAGGAACUAGGAUGUAUGUUAGGGGUAGGAGAAUGGACAAGUCAGAUACAACAGAAAUGUCAGAUAAAGAUAACAGAUGUAGAAAUUAUACCAGAGGAGGAGGCUGAGAUGAUCGUUCUGGACAACAAUGACGAAGAGGAAGAAGAUGAAGAAUUUGAAACAGCUUCAGUAAGCUCUGAUCUCAGUGAUAUCCUGUUAGACAUUGAAGAAGAAAAUGACAGAUCUACAGAUAAAACAUCAUUGACAGGUGAUGAGGUGUCAGAAUAUAUAAGUGAGACCACAACACCAAAAACCAAGGAAAAGGAAGAUUCAGCAGAUGAAGUUAGUACUGAUUUAAAGGAUAUGGAAAUUAAGUCUGAUGAAGAAAUCCAAUCAGAACUACUUAUAGAUCCCUGUGAAAAAGUGGUGAAUACUAUUCGUAGAGAAGAAUUUGGAAUCGGUAUAGAAUUAAAUGAAGAUGGACAAAAAUUGAAAAUAGUUCAAGAUCAGAGACUUGGUAGAAGUUUGGACCGUCUGUCAAAAGAUUUGUACAGUAAAGAUACUCACUUUGUUCUGGAGUUGAUACAGAAUGCAGACGACAAUGAUUACCCAGAAUUCUUAGCUAAGAAAGGUCGAAUGGCUUCUGUGAAGUUUGUUAUGCACACAGAUGGAGUGACUGUUCUCAACAAUGAAAGUGGAUUUUUAGAGAAAAAUAUCCGUGCACUUUGUGAUGUAGGAAGAAGUACAAAAGGAAAACACAAAUUUGGAUAUAUAGGUCAAAAGGGCAUAGGGUUCAAGUCAGUGUUCCGUGUGACAGAUAAACCAGAGGUGCAUUCUAAUGGCUACCAUAUUUGCUUUGAUGUUCAGAGUGGACCAAUGGGAUACAUUCUACCACACUGGGUAGAUGACAAAUUGGAUGCAUAUGAAAGUUGGACAACAAAGAUAGUGCUUCCCUUGAAAGAAGAGAUGAAGGCUACAGUGAGAACAUUAGCAGGAAAAUUUAAUGACAUCCAUCCAUCUUUACUUCUGUUCUUACACAGAUUGAGAGAGAUAACCAUUGAUAACAAGGUAGAGAAUUCCUCCCAGGUUAUGAGAAGGAAAGAUUUAGGUAAUGAUGUGAUAGAAAUUGAACAUAAUACUGGUAUAGAUAGAUGGCUGGUCGUCAAGAAAAUGUUGGAUGCUUCAAAAAUAUCUCUCCAGGCCAAAUCUGGGGUUGAAGUGGAAUCUACAGAGAUAUCUUUGGCCUUCCCUCUGACAGAUCAGUGUAUUUUAAGCAAGGUUAUGCCCCCUAAACAACCAGUAUUUGCCUUUCUACCACUGAGGAGUUAUGGUUUUAGAUUUAUCAUUCAGGCUGACUUUGAUGUUCCCUCCAGUAGAGAGGAUGUGGAUUGCGACAGUGCAUGGAAUCAGUGGAUUAGAAAUGAAAUCCACAAACUAUUCUUGGAAGCUCUGGACGUUUUCAAGAAUCAUAAAGAAUUUACUGGGAUGAAGGCCUUGAUCAAUUUUCUACAGUUUGUUCCAGUAGAGGGUGAAAUCCUAGAUUUCUUCAGACCUGUUUCCACACAGAUUCUUAAACAACUUAGAGCAAAGCCUUGUCUACCAACUCAGCCUUACAAUGGGGGUGAUGUAUUAUGGAAGUUACCAACACAGGUUGUCACAGUCAAGGACUCAUUGGUUCAUGAAGUCGUCACACCUGAGUUCCUGCAGAAACACUUGGACCUUUUCUACCUCCACAGAGAAGUUGCAGACAUGUUGAACCCAACACUGAUACAGUGUCUAGGGAUAGAAUCUCUAACAGUUAACCACCUCAUUCAGAUAGGAAAAGCUAUAACAUUGUCACCUAUCAAUGAAGAUGAUUUCUAUACCAGGAUAUAUGUAAUAGCUAAAUGGUUAGCCUGUGUGUAUCGUAGCUUGGACGAAUUUCACGACAACCAGGAGAUUUAUAGUGAACUAAAGAAGAUGAAAAUCAUACCUCUAGCUUCCCAAGUCUUUGUAGCAUUAGAGGAUAAUACUAUCUUCUUUCCUUUGUCGCUAGAAGAGAUGGCAAGAUCACAGAAGUACAGAGAUCCAAUAUCCUAUCUACAAGAAGACAUGAAAACCAUCCAUCCAUUGUUUCUGGCAGCACCUGACAACGAAGUCAACUCUCAGGUUCAGAAAAUGUUGGUAAAACUGGAUGUGUGUCAAUUAACACCACAUGAUGUCAUCAAUCACCAUAUACUUCCUGUGUUAAAGUCAGAUAUGUGGAAGCAUAAAAACAGAGAAACAUUGGUUAGCUAUCUGGUUUAUAUCAGAGAACAGACAGAAAAGAACAGUUCAUUGGUCAACAUGGAUGAGUUAGCUACUGUUGCCAUAGUGAUGACCAAUCAGGGUGAAAAGUAUCCCAAAAAAGACAAUGUUUAUUUUACACCCUUAUAUGGAAACAAAUAUAAUUUGAUGCAAAUUUUCCCAGGAUAUGAUUGGUGUUUGUUAGACAGUGUAUACAUACGGGACCAGAGCAGUAUCACAGAGAAACAAAAAUGGCAUAAGUUUUUCUGCAGACUUGGUAUUACUGAUUUUAUCACUGUUAGACCUGUACAAGUGGAAUUGAAUUCUGAAUCAGUUAAAGAAAGUGCAUGGUCCUCUAUAGAACAGUUGUAUCCUGAUGACUUCAAACAGGGUUGUGUUGUAGAAGAUUAUAGCUGUGACGAAAUCAGAGAUCUACUGAAAUCUAACAAGUGUCCUCAGAAAUACGAACUUCAGAUGAAAUCCCUUUGUGAAUACCUGGAUCAGGUCUGGGAUACACAGUUUGUUAGAUACACAAAAACUAAACUAAUCAGAAAGGACAACAAACAAGAGAGGGAUGUUGAAUCCUCCUUCUGUAUCUGGCUGAAAACUUGUGACUGGUUACCUGCUGUUGAAGUGAAAGCAGGUGUAGAAAACAAUGGUGCCAUUAGGUAUACAGAAGAAGUUUGCUGUAAGAAGCCCUCCACUUUAUAUUAUCCAUUUGAAAAGAUUGUAAAGUUGCUCCAUUACACUGUCAAUUAUGUCAGUGGGCUGUUUGACACAAACAAAAGUACAUUUGCACAAUUUUUAGGUUUGAAAUUUGAUGUAACCUUAGAGGAUCUAAUUAGUAGUUUGAAAAAAUGGGGUCAGAGGUCAGAUGGCGGUAUUCCAGCAUUAUUUGCAACUUCACAAAGCCAUAUAGAAUAUUUGUACAGUUACCUUGGGGAGAAUCUAAACAAGAAACAGAUUCAGGACCUCUUAGACAAGGCACCAGUUAUUUUUGUUCCUGUGAAUACAAAAAGUGUUGGGAGAGGAGAUAUGCAUCAACAAAGAUUUCCUGUCAAUGUUGCUGGUCAGAUGCUUAGUCGACAGGAAGUGUGGUGGGAAGACAAAACAGAACUGUUCCAGAAACAUCAGGAUAUUCUUACUGAGAUACAUGCUGAUAUUGGCAAAAAAAAGAUUCUCUCUAGAUAUAUAAAUUAUUCUAGGUCACCUAGUCUUAGAGAAUUUUUCAUGAUGGGAAAAAUUCAAACUUGUCCAGAUGUUGAAGAAUAUUCUGAACUACUCGUUCAUAUUGCUAGUUCUAAGAGUCGAGUAGAACCAGAGACAUUACAUGAUGUGAUGAAAAUAUUGUCAAUUAUAGGAGAUCUAAUGUAUGUUGAUGAAAAUGAUCCAGAAAGUGUAACCAAGAAAAUGUUAAUUGAAAUUCAAAGAAAGAAAAUGUUGAGUCAUUUCAAAGGGCAGAAUAUCAUUCCAACCAAAGAGAAGACAUGGACAUCCCUUGAGAAAAAUCCUCUAAUUGCUGAUAACAAUGAAUAUGAACACAUCUUUAAGAAUGACAGCAAUGUUCAUUUUGUUCUUUUGGAGGAAAAUGAACAUCGUAGAGGGCAGCACAAUGUUAGAACUUCAGUAAGGGAGUCCUACCAUAUAAAUCCUGAUACCAUGAUGAGUGUUCUGAGAAUGUGUGAGAUAGAGAAUCUCAGUGAUGUCGUCGAGGAACAGAUCAUUCCAAGCGGGUACAAACUCUCCCCACGUUUACAGAACUACAUGAUAGAGUGUGUACCAAUGAUACAAGUAUUCCUGUUUAAUAACCAUGGAAAUAUCUAUCAAAGUUUGAUUGACGAAGGCAAGGUAGACACCCUUUCCAGACUAAAUUGUAUUGAGACUGACAAGCUUGAAGUGAAAUACUGGUUUAAGAAUGACCCAGAUAUCUUCAAAUUAAAGGAAGAGACUUGCAAACUUAACAAAGAGGAAUUCUUUUUUCAAAAACGAUAUGAGGAAUCCUACAACUUUGUUGAUAUUAACAAGGCUAUAGCAAAGAUCUUCAGUAACAAUGACCGUGUAUGCUUCAAUGAUUUAAGAGAUUUGCUUACAGAUAUUCAUAGUUGUAUAUUUGAGAAAACAAGUGAGACACUAGAAGAUUGUUUGAGCAGACAUAGUGAUACUGACAUUGAUGAUACUGAAAUUGUAUGGACAGUCCCACGGUCUUUGUUACAAGAUAUUGAACCAGUUGUUGAAGAAGAAGAUGAUGAAGAAGAAGUAGAAGAAGAGACCCAAGCUUCCUCUAAUGAACCUGCUAUAAUGAGAGCUUGGCCACCUAUGUCAGAUGGCAAAAAUCAUCCUAAGGCAAAAAGCACAGUUGACAGGGAAGAACAAGCAGAAUCUAAAGUAUGGCCACCUCCUAGAGCUCCAGAUUACAUGAAGACUGUUAAAGACUUACCAUCUGGUGUUAGGGUGGUUAGAGAGAGCCAGGAAGGGGACCAGAGCACAUAUCAUAAUACAACAGACAAACUACCAGUAGCUGAUGUCAUAAAGUCUGGUGAAGAAAAAAAACCUGCUGAGGAUCAGCAUCAAGAAAUGUCUGAAAAAGUAGUUGAUGAAGAUAAGCCUGUUCCUCCUAAAUCAGUCGGUGAUGGUGGACCAGCAGUGGCUGGCCAUGAUGAGAGGCCUCCUUCUUUUCAACCUGGUGAUAGGCCUCCUUCAUCACACAAUGGUGAAAGGCCUCCUUCGUCACAUCAUGAUGGAAAGCCACAUUUGAUUCACCAUGGACAACAUGACAACCAUUCUUCAGCAACAUUAAGAAACAAAGUUCCUGUUGAUGCUCAGACAGGUUUGCCAGUAUGGGUAAAAGAGUUAGAAUAUGAAGUAGAAGAACUUGCAAGUGGAAAGACUUUGAAAUUACCCAAUUUUACAAUGUCAGACGAAGAAACUCCAGAGAUGGCGGAGAUCGGACAAUAUGGUGAACAAAUAGUGUAUAAUUAUCUACUCAAAGAAAUGGAGAACAAUCCAAACAUAUCAUCUGUGAAAUGGUCCAAUGAGAAGGAAGAAAUCGGUCUACCUUAUGAUUUCACAGUACGCUUGAAAACUGAAGACGAGGAGUAUACGGUUUACAUUGAAGUUAAAAGUACAAUAUCGGAUACAAAAGAAAUAUUUGAGAUAUCUUAUCCUCAGGUCAAGUUUGCACAGAACAACAUGGAGAGAUUUCAUGUUUAUAGAAUUUUUAGUUCUCUGAAUCCUGAUAGAGUAAGACUUGUUCGUAUACAGAAUUUAGCACAGAAAAUCAAUGCAAAACAAGUCAAGUUAUGUUUGUUAAUAUGAAGUACCUAUACUUUUAUAUGAUUGGACAAUUUGUUGCUUUUCUAGGAUUAGUAACGAGACAAACAUAUACCUUUAUUUUAAGUGCUGUAAAUUCAAAAAUUAAUAGGAUUUUUUUAAGGCCAAAAUUUGGACAGUACUGUGUUUGCUAUAAUGGAACUUAAUUUCAGUAGUGAUAUUUUUCAUAUAUUCAUAAAAUUAUGCAAUCACAUCAAUUAGAUAUCAUAUUUUGUCCUGAGGUCAUGAAUUUGCAAUAAUAAAUGCAAACAUUAAUUUUUUUGAAUUUACAGAUAUAUUUCAAUUUGGAUUUAUCUACGCAAUCCAUGUAUUUGGUAUUAUGAUAAUUAAAUAAAAUUUACAAUAUUGAAUAAGUGUAAAGGAUUAAAAGACCACUCCUUUUUUGGUGGUCAGACUCCUAAUUCAUUUUUAUGAUGAUUUCUUCAAAAUAUAUUAAAAACUUACUUUUGUAGCAGAUAACUUAUUAAUCAAAAUAUAGAACAGAUUGAUCAAAAACUUGUUUAGCAUUGUCACUUGUUGAUGGAUAAAUUCAAAUGGGAAAUUCAGGUAAAGCCUUAUUUGAAAUACCAGUGAAAGCAAUGUUUGGAUUUUGAUAAAAGUAAAAGAAAACUCAUAAAAAACCCAUUAUACUAUAUAAGAUGAAGAGACAUAAACAACUGUAUGGAAUUCAAAAUGUUUUAAAAAAAAUUAAAAGUUUUUGAUUGUUUGAAAAUGAUCUAAGGAUAUGUAUGGGACCACUUGGCAAUAGACUGUCAUCAUUGUUAUGCGUUUCAUCUCCACACUUAAUUUUAUAUACAUAUGUUCAUCCUAGCAAUCAAAACCAGUUUUAUAAUCAUUUUUUGAUAUAGUCUUUUUGUAUAGUAUGUUAUGUUGUUUUAGAUAGACUUUCAAAUGAAAUAAAUGAUUUUAUGAUUGUAUUUAAUUUUUUCCUAUUUGCUUUUAUUGAUGUUUUGAACCUAGAUUCCUAAUUUUUAAUUUGAAAAAACUUAGAUAUUGUGUGAUAUUUACCAUGUAUUUUUUAAUGGUUAAAGGAACAAAUUCACAUCCAAAAAUCAUUAUCAUAUAAAUCAGAAUCAACUUUAUUGUGUAUUGUUGAUCAUUAGAUUGGACCAAUUAGUGCUGUUCUGUGAUGACUUAUUUUAGCUUUAAUUUUAUCUACGCAAAACCUGUCAUUUUAUGUGAUUAAGUUCAGUAUUAUUUUUUAAUUACUGUCAGUUACCAGUAACUGUCACAAGCAUUUUUUACAAAAAAGAGACAUUUCCCUAUUAUCUUGACACAAAUACUUUUAUUUUAUAAAAAAAAAAUUCCUUUUGUUUGAUCUGAUUUAGACACAGAAAUGUAUAGUUUUGCAUUUGUUAACACAAAGUGUGAAGAUCUGUCAACAUGACUUGAUCACACUUUAUGACAUCUUUGAUAUUAGAAAUCUUAUUAUUUUCAAACCUUGUAAAAUCAAGGCUUGCUUUAGACCCCAAAUUACAUUCAUGAUAUGUAGAAUAGUAUAUAAAUCUGAAAUUCAAAUUGCUCCUUUACAAUACUAUGUUACUUUUUGAUUUCCAUUGACAUCAAUUCACUAUUCAGUUCAGAUUUAGCAAAGGCAGAAGAGCUUUAGAUUUUAUUGAUGGAAUAAUAAUGUGUUUGGUUUUAUUCCACAUGUCUUCUGUCUUUUUUACACAAAACAGCAAAAAAGACUUUUUUUCCAAUUGAGUGGAAAUUUUUAUUAUUUUGCUACUAGAUUCUUCUAAGGCAACCAGUCAUGAUGUCCAUACAAAUUCAUUAAAAAAAUAAUCAACAAAACUAAGCAACCCACUUUAAAUUUAAAAGAGUGUUUUAAUUUUGAGCCUGUGUUUAUAAAAAGUAAUUUUUGGUAACUGAUUAUAUCUAUCAAAAAUGUUUCCAAACAGAGUGCUAAAUAUAUCUAAGUAAAAACUGAUUUUGUGACAGUUACUAGUACAAGACCAGUAGAGUUCUCAUUUUAUGUGAUACAUUUAUCAUAUAAUUUUAUUUCAUUUUUUGUAUCUUUGUUACUUUUUUAAUCAAAACUCAUAAUGUCAUUAAGAAAUAA